CCGUGCGUAGGAGAAAUAAUAUAUGUAUGAACAAAAAGUGCUGUCUGUAAUAAUUUAUGAGGAGUUCGAUUUCUUAAAUUUUCAAGUCGCUUUUUGUUUUCGGUUUGAAUGAAUAAAGCCAUUAGCCUGCAGCAGGCGCAAUUGAAAAAGCGGCGGGUUUUAAAUUAAUCAUAAUUUGAACGUUGAAGUUUGUUCGGCGCCCCUCCCCCACCCCACCCCUCCACCCUUCCAUUUGACAACUUUCGAACUUGAUGCCGGAUGGAAACAAAAUUAUCUCAUACCGAAAUAGCAUUGCUUUCGAUUCGCCAAGCGACAGUUGUGUCAUCGUUGUUGUAAAAUCCGUGGAUUUCAACCCUGUUUGAAUGCUGUAGCAACUUUUGAAUAUAAACGCAAAACGCUCUAACUGGAAUAUAGCUCGUUGUGUCGCUUUGGUGUGAUUUUUAAGUAUUUAACGAAAUUUCUGCACUUCGUGUGAAGCCGCAAGAAGCUACAAUUUCGGCAAUUUUUGGGAAUUCUAAAAAAAAAAUGCGGUUUACUUCAUGCGGUAUUAAAACCCUAAAUUGUUAAAAAAUUCUUGCUGUGAAUUGUAAUUUGUCGUUUCGUUGCGUCCCAGAAAUUUCUUUUUUGGGGGGUAAGCUGGAAAUAUGCGCUUUGUAUUGGGUUAUUUCGACAAGCUCCUAUCAAAUUUUUUGGUUAGCUUUGGAUGUUUAUUUAUGUUUUUGUUCUAGGUUUAUUAAGCGGGUGUUCCUGUUAUUCAGCGUGUUUCCAAUUUGAAAUGAGACUCUUCAAAAUAUCAGAUAAUUACGCAGUUUGCUUAGCAUUAAUUUAUUAGAGAAAACGAAAACAGCAGAAAAUUGAAGUUAUUUUGGAACACGGCUCGCUUCGGAACUCGCGGGGUCGUCUUUUUUCCAUCCUGUUUGUUGUAUAGAAACGAGUUUUAAUAUCGGCUGCCUCCAUUGUGAGGAGAUUAGUUUAGUCUAACUCAUUUCAGUGAAGCGACGCUACACUCGAUCAAUCUUGGGCCGGCACUGGGCGCUUGUACAAAUUAUCAAAACCAGAAGCUGCCUCCGAAAACCACUUUUAAUAUUGUCACGUUUUCCCCGAAAAAGUUGUAUGUUCACAAUAAGUCACAAAUCUCACUCAAGUUGAAUUGACUGUUCGGUUUAUACCGCCACCGCGAAAGUGUUUCAUUUCCGCAAAAGCACUGCACCUGUUUUGUUGACUUGUACUUUAUGCCAUUUGUAAACACGCCCCGCCUAUGUGAAGUUAUUGAUGGCCCCUAAUGGCUAACCCUAGUGGCUGGCUUGUUGUUAAUUUUCCUCCUACUUGAAACAUUGUCAAACGAUUGGCGUCACUGACAAUAAUAAACUUGUCGCACGCUGUAGCAGUUGUUAAAAAUCCGUAUGUUACAAUAAGAUCUUUUCGGUCGACGAGCUCGUUCUUUGAGGUGUUGCUGCAAUCUGCAUUUUCGCUUCGAAGUUGCACAUAUUCGCCGAUCGAAUUUCAGACCGAGUUAAUUUUUGCAUGGCAAACUAGCACCCUGCAAGAAAAAGUCCUUCCUUUACACGCGCCGUGGAACCGAAAUUCCUGGAGAUCACGUUUGGCUGAACAAUUGUAGUCUAUGAAACAGUGCUGGAGAAAAAGUCAGACAUCCUUAAAUUUAUGCUUAAAAUACAAGUACGGGGAGUGAUAUUUAGCAAUUUAAAUGCGCAUUCAUUUAAUAAGCUAAAAAGGAGUUAAGUGCAUCGAAAAAAAAAAAACAAUUCAGCCAUUCGAGCGACUUUUCAUAUCAGCAUGAAAAUCGCAGUGGUUCUUUUGGUUUUUGCGUUCUAUUUACCCGUUAAUUCCUCUAUUGGGCGUUGGAGGAGAUUCAAAGACGGCAAGUUUAUUAUUGGCACCCUGGUCCCUGUUACUCAAGGCCCGGAGUGCAAAGUUGUGCGAGGCGAAGGACUGUUACUGGCGGAGGCAUUGGUCUACGCAGUCAACGUGCACAACUUUGGUGCCUCGCCGAGCGAUGUUACAAUCGGUUAUGAUAUCCGAGACAGUUGCUCCAGCCCUGCAUUGGCUUCGAAAGAAGUGCUCGAUAUACUCGCUGCGGAGCAAGAUGGCGUGUCUGUGGGGAACUGCUCAGUGACUCUCACUGGUGAAAGUUGCGGAGUAAUUGCUGUCGUGGGCCCAGACUUUUCAAACAGCACAAUGGCGACCAGUGGGCUGUUAAGUGCUUAUGGAAUACCUCAGGUCAGUUAUGGAGCUACAAGUUCACUUCUCAACGACAGAUCAAUCUACAGUACAUUAUUCCGCACCUGUCCGUCUGACAAACAAGUCACAGCGUCGCUGGCAAGUCUUAUAGCUUACUUUGAAUGGUCUUGUAUUAAUAUCAUUUCUUCAAAGGAUGCUUUUAAUCGUGGGUUGAUGGGAAGCCUCAAACGAAGCCUAAAGAAACGCAACGUUUGUGUCGCGCUACAUGAAGUAGUCGCUCAUAGUGAAAUUCCUCGGGUGGUGUCAGCGAUCAAAGCCCGCAAGAGUGUUUCUGUUAGCGUUCUUUUGGGAAACAAGGAUUUUGUCGCCGAUAUUUUCGAAGAGGUACAGAAAAAUAAUCUAACGAAAACAAAAAGAGUGUGGAUUGGAGCCGACACACGUAACGACCGCUUCCGAUUGGCUAAUGGUUAUGGUGACGUCACAGAUGGGAUGUUAGCGAUUUCCGUGUCCGAGGAAGACUUGGGCGAAUUUAAAGCUCACGUCAGUCGAUUGUCACGAAACAUAUCAGGAGCAUAUUGCGCGUGGCUUGAAAAGGACAGACGCUGGCCCGCCUUUUGCAGGCGUCAUAGCGAAGACAAUGUCAUUGGUUUACAGGGUUUGUCAUUGGUUAAAAGUGCUUACGUCAUGAAUGCAGCUCUCGCCAUUAUUCAGGCACUGAAGCAUGUUACUCGAUGCGGGGUGCAGUCGAGUGGUUUAAACUGCCUGGAGAGCAAUUUUACCUUACAACACGUUCGUGAAAGUGUUCUUAGAAACUUGGAGAAGAAUCCGUUUAAUAACAAUCGAAACAUCAGUGUGGGUUUUGACACGAACAGAGAAUUAAAUGCUGAAUUUGAAGUCGUUAACUUUCGUGUGAACAACAAUAAAGCCCUGGCCCACUUCCGUGUGGGAAAAUGGACAAGAGGCAAGAGACUGGUAAUGAAUGAGAGUGACAUUCAGUGGCCUGGGAACGAAAGUAAGGCGCCUUAUUCGAGAUGCCGUGAGCGCUGCCCGCUGGGCACCUUUACUAAAUAUGGUUUUGGGGCAUGUUGGUGGAGCUGCCAUAAAUGCCCUCACGGGACCUAUAAUAGCAACUACACCGCGACCCUCUGUAAAGUGUGCCCAGAGGACCAAAUGACAAAUGUCCCUCAGAGCGACUGUGUAAAAAAACCGCUGACCAUUGUAAGUUUUGGAGAAUUAAUUGCCAUUAUUCUACUGGGCGCGUGCGGCCUGGGUUUGAUUCUCACGUUGUUUGUUCUCGGUGUGUUAGUGAAAUAUCAAGACACGCCUGUGGUGAAAGCUACAAACCUGACUUUCACUGUCCUGUCUUUGGUCAUUCUCCUAGCUUGGUUCGUUAAUCCUGUCCUUUAUAUUGGUAAACCGUCUGACGCUAUUUGCAAAACGAGAACUGUUUCUUUCGCUGUGUUGUACACUGCUAUCACCGCUGUCCUGCUGACCAAGACAAACCGGUUGAUCAAGAUUUUCUCGGCCAUUAAGAGACAUUGUUUUCUCAACAAUAGCUGGUACGGGUUUCUGACAUGCGCACUGAUUCUCGUGCAGCUUGCGUUGGGCAUAAUCCACCUCCUGGUUUUCCCGCCAAAAGUCACUUACGACUACAGCGUUGCUGAUUCGCUACUGAUAUCAUGUGACCAGAAUCUCGGCUUUGAUAUAGCUUCGGUAGGCUAUAACACUUUGCUUUCGAUAACGUGCUCUUAUCUGGCGUACAAAUCUCGUACUCUUCCUCGAGCUUACAACGAAUUCAAAUGGAUUUGCCUUAGCAUGUUUACAAACUUUUCAUCGUGGUUGGUAAUCUUGAUUUUCCGUCACGUCCCACCUCGCGGAAAGGUAAACGUUAUUUGUUCAAUUCUUGCGCUUAUCUUGGGCGCGUAUUCCAUGCUUUUCUUGCUGUUUUUGCCCAAAGUUCGCGUUAUAUUUUUCCGGCCUGAGAAGAACACAAAACAGGCCGCGAUAGAAAGCACUCGUCGAUAUUCUAUCGACCAAGCGUCGGGCAUCGGUUUAUCGCCGACUCAAGGAGGUGGUUCGCGUCGGAAAUCAUCACCGGCAUGUUUGGCGCUGCAAUUUAUGAACGGUUCGAUUGGGAAGUUGGCAGUCGCCAAAAACAGUCUGGGCCCGAGACGUUCUCAUGGCUCAAUUAUUGCAACGAUAAAGGAAUUGCCUGAAGAAAGAAAAUCAAGCGUUUGAAAUUUUUUGACAUUUUAUUUCCACAACUGGGGGUUGGGUGGGGGAUUUCGUUUCUUCAGUCUCAAGUUCCCGGCAAAUGGAGUCACAAAUCAUACUUCCACAGUUGGAAGCAGGGAGGGGUAGGUUGGGCGAUUUUCGUUUCUACAGUCAAAUGGAGUCACGAGUCACAGGAAGCAAAUUUGAGCUAGGUGACCAAAGAGACCCGUAAUUUAGUUUGCACUGAAGUAUACACAGGGCGAAAAACAUCGUUAAAUGCUUUCUUGCCCCCUUAACUUGUCGACCAACUAAAUAACAGCGAAACUAAUUCGACAUUUACGCCAAAUUGGGGCAAUUCAGUUAUGCCAAGACUGUCAACAUUUUCUACUUUUCUUUAAAUGUCCAAGAGCGCUUCUUCCACAACUCAUUCACACAUCGAGUUCUUGUAACAUACCCUUGGCUUCCUCGACAAGAGGUCAAUCCAUGAGUCUGAAUUUGCUCAGAAACCAAUGGGUUUAUAGGAUUUUGAUUUGAUCCGGUGAAUUAUAGGGAGCCGGUUUGCCUAGGCGACCCUUUAAAUAGCUAGGUCACGGUUUUCGCAUCUUGUAAAGUUUAGCCCAAGAUUUUAUAAAGUUCGUCGUUUGUAAUCCGUAUCAAUCUUCUCCAUCCUUAACCAUCCUUGUUUCUUUAUGGUUUUUGUGUGGGAUACCUGUGGGUAUCCCACACUAUUGUCAUCGGCUCGUGUCCGUUAAUGCAAAUGAGUUGCAAAGAUUUCAUUGCAUUCUGGAUCCACGUAUGCUACACAUGUACCCUUUGGGUACCUAUUUUUUAUUAUCUCUUGGGUGUUUUUCUAUCUUGGUAGACUAUUAUUUUCAGGUUUCCUUCAGUAAAAAGCAAUUUGUAGGUAAAUUUGUAAGUGGCCUAAAUACCUCUACAUUCCUUGACUGAGUUCCUUUAAAAAAACUAUGUGGCCAUGUAAUAGACUACAAUGGAGAACUUGUAGGAGUCAUCGCAUGGAGGUAUUAGGGAGUUUAAGAAGCUACGACGGUGACGCCGAGGACAACGUCGAUUAAAAAAUGUAUUUA